AUGGGGCUUCCUCAACCUGUUGGAUACCUUUACUGGUAUACUACAUCUAUCAUCCUCGGCAUCCUUACCAUCAUCAACUUCUCUACCAAAUUCUAUUCACACUUAACCCGUCCGAAACUACACCCAUCCCCAGCAUCUUCUUCCGAUACUCUCGUCACCACCACAACGGCCAAUGGUCAGGCGCUGCCUGCUCCUUUAGCCAUUGAGCACUCGAGCGAGGAUGAGAAACCCCAGAUUGAAAAAGCGAGGUUGGGCAGACUUAAUAGGGCGGUCAGAGCUUUAGGUGUAGUAGUUGAGAAAUACUUUUAUUUAUCGGGUAUAACUCUACCUGCUAGGCGGUUCACCCUUUUUGGUAAAGUUAGGAAGAUACAUAAGAAAGUGUAUGCGACUCCGGAGUUGUUCUGGACAUGGGGUUAUACCUUAGGCUUCUUGAUCCUCUCGUUCUAUGGUACCGGAUGGGAUACACUUACUUGGUCGAAUCAAGCUGCUUGGCUGGCUGUAGCUCAGGUUCCCAUGAUUAUCGCUUUGGCAGGAAAGAAUAAUUUGAUCUCAUUCCUUACGGGCAUAUCUUAUGACCGACUGAAUUAUAUCCACCGAGCAUCCGCCAAACUGUGUUUGUUGGGAGUAUGGAUCCAUGCAGGUGGACAUUGGAAAUUGACUCAUGGAUGGAGUCAGGAAACCUGGCACAAAACCAUCUCUCACUGGGGAUUUACCGGUACCUUUGCGAUCACUUUACUUUCUGUACUAUCCUUACCAUGGUUCAGAAGGAGGAUGUUCGAAUUUUUCCUCGUCAUGCAUAUCGCAUUGGUAGCUCUGAUGUUGGCUGCUUUUGUCAUGCACUGGAGGGCAAUGGACGUUUGGAUCUAUCCUGGCGCAGGUCUUUGGGCAGCUGACAGACUCGUUCGAGUACUACGUUUGGUCGUUCUCAACAAACUGUGGAUCCGACCUUCACUAUCUGCAAAAGAUAUACCUUCCAAAGCCACCAUAUCGUUAUUGACUCCCUCGACGUUAUUACUGAGAUUCACCAGUCCCUCCGAACAUCUCAAUUGGUCGGCAGGACAUCAUUUCUACGUUGUCAUGCCUGGCAUGUCAAGGUUCCCUUGGGAAGCACACCCUUUCACAGCAUCUACUAUUCCCUCUCAGCCUGGUCAAGGGACCGAAUCAGGCGAAUUGGCGUUUAUCAUCAGAGUGAGAGACGGUUUUACCAAAAGGAUGAAAGAUAAGAUCGACGAAGUGAGAAAGGAUCAGGGUCUGGCGGUAGACGAUAAAUUGGAUGUGGAAGUGUCAGCAGCAGUAGAGGGACCUUAUGGGGAGAAGUCGGAUCUGAGAGGGUAUGAAGGUGUCUUGAUGUUUUCUGGUGGCUCUGGUAUAUCAUUCGCGGUAUCCAACUUACUCCAGAUUUUACGUGAGAUCAGACAAGGUACCAGUCGAGUCAAGUUCAUCUCGAUCGUUUGGAUGGUCAAAUCUCGAUUACACCUUGAAUGGAUCGCCCCUCUACUCAAAGAUCACGUCAAUGACUUACCCCCUGAUUUAUCUAUCAAUAUCCAUGUUCACGUUACCAGACACUUAUUGCCUAAAUUAUCAUUAACGCAUAACACUCUACCUGAUAUGGCUCCUGGGGAUUUGGAAGCAUACUUGCAACAACGGGCCACGCAACCUAAGAGGCGAAGAAGUCGUUUCAUGUCUACGUUCUCUUGGGCUUCUUGGACCGGUGCCUCUGUCUUCCGAGCGGGCGGCACACAAGCUGGAACAAGAAGGGGAUCUCUGAUGCCUUCUGAAUCUGGAAAAUCCGAGGGUGGAGAAUCAGCAGGCUCAGACGGUUCCAGUUCGAGGAAAUCAAGAGCUCAAAGAUUAUUCGGUUCGUUCGCUUCUUCUCAUUUAGGCGGUACCUCACAUAAGAAUAAUAAGAUCAACAAUAGGAGAAGUAGUCAUGCGGUUAGCGGAAGUGAGAGUGAAAGUGAGGAUCCGAGGAAGAUGGCUCCCAGAUCGAAAGAAAGGAGAAGACCAAGUAUACCAGCUUUCAAUUGGACAGAAGGGUAUGCGGACAAUACUGUGUUCGGUGCUGGGGCCAACGGAGGUAGUAUAAGUGAAGAAGCGGGCAGGAAAGGGUCUCUAAUACCUUUUACUGUACCAGAAAAUCAGGAAUUGGAAAUCGUCUUGAAGGAGCCUACACCAGUCGAGGGUGUGAGACCAACAGCCGUUAUGGCUGAACCAUUACCUGUUACUCCUGUUGAGCCUAUCAGACGUGAACCACUGGUAAUCAACACGACGAGGGAUAUCGGACCCGAUGAAGUUGAUCCAUUCGAUUAUCGACCUCCUUCACCUACUACCCCACCUGCAGCUGUGUUACCUCAUCGAGAUUCAAGAGGAUCGAUACCAUGGAUGCGGGAAUCAUUCUCAUCCGUGCACAUACCUCACAACACUCCACCACGUACUAGACAGAUAUCAAUCUCGGAAGAUCUACCUCUACCACGUCAGAAACGAAUUUCUAUUUCCGAAGAAUCACCUGUCAAUCGAACGGGUUCGCCUCAAACAGUCACUGUCCCCAUAUCUCAAUCUAGAUCAGGCUCUCUUUCUAAUUCUUUACCUGGUACACCCACGACUUCUGCAUUUAACACUGAACCAACGCGGAAGAGGUCCAUACCUUUGUUGUAUGGAUUAGCGAACCGACGUGAAUCUGGACGACGAGAUUCCCUGCCUCUUCAAGCAGCAGCAUCGAUUGGUCCCCAAUCUUCACCUCGACCUUCCAUCCUCAUGCCUGCCCCAGUAGUGGCCAAACCCGUCCGACCACCAAUUUUAGAAACAGUCCAGUCCUCAGGUCUACUAUCUGCACCUGAAAUGUCUAGGUCAUCGUCCACCACAUCAGGCGCAUCAAUGGCAUCAUUCACCACUCCCGGUCCACCUUCCCCCGUGCAAAUGAAUAAUCCAGAAAACAUCUCAAGACCUGAAACUCCCUCAAAGGAAUUCCAACAAUUAGCUCAGAUAUCAGGAACGUCACCUACCGAUUUGAGGAAAUCCAUCUCUGCUAUUGGAGCUAUCCAGGAUCCUAAGGAACGACGGGCGAGUGCAGCAGAAUUCAUGGGACCUGCUGAGCUUGAGCUGCGUAAGAGGUCUGCGGAAGGUUUAGAAGGUUUGGUAAGAUGGCAUGAGGGAAGAGCGAAUAUCAAGGAAUCUAUCGAGGAUAUUAUCAACUCCGUAGCGGCUCAUACUCAAUUGUCAUCAGAUGAAAGACACGGCAUGGAAAAUGAGAAACCUGGGUCGGGACCUGCUAGAAGAGGUGGAAGAGUGAAAGUAUCGUGUUGCGGACCGAUAUCACUCUUGGAUGCUGUAAGGGAUGGAGUGAAAGAUGAGAUGAAUAGCGAGGAAGUUUGGAAAGGUGGGGUGGUAGUGGAUUUCCACGCGGAGACUUUUGGUUGGUGA